CAGAAAAGUGUGGGAACUGAUGAACUUUUUCCAUUUCUUCUUGGGUAACAAGUAAAAUGUGCACCCAAUUUUUGAACCAAUUUAUGAGAUCAGUAGUGUAGCGGACAACCAAGGCGCACAAAUUACUACUUGAUUACCAUAUAGAUUGUAAUCUUUAACAAAGUGUCUUCUCUUUGAACAGUAGUACACAGAAGAGUUGAAGAAAAACUGUGGGAUUGGAACUAUAAAAGGUGCAAUCGACUCAGUGUGUUUUCGAUUCAAUAGGAAAACGAUUUUACUAGUUUACUUUCUUGAUUAUAUUACUUUCAACAGACAUGAUCACCUAUUGUAUCUUGGGCAAAGUUCUUCACGGAGAUUGCUGGGAAAAAUGUUAUCUAAAUUCCAGGAAUUUUCGUUGAAUUUUAAAUUUGGAAUGAAUAGUUUAAAUUAAUAAUCCUCCGUACGAAAAUGAAAAUGAAAACACUGACAAUGCUCAUAAAUACUGACAGGAAAGUUCUAAAACCUUCAAACCUAGUAUGCACAGUGUUGUUAGUACAGAGACAAAAAGUACUUUGUUAAAAUGCAAAGCCGCCAUGUAUUUUUCCUACGAAGGAUUGAACAGCUGUGGAUGGACACUGGUUACUUUCUGUUCUGUUUUAUUUAGAUUCUUUCUUGAAAGUAGAAAUUGAUUUUGACAACCACAAGGCUCAAAUUCAGGUCUUUUCAGGUGUAAUUGCGCGAAACAAUUCAAAUGGCGUUUUCAAGAGGACUAUUGUUGUUUCUUCUGCUGCCCAUGAAAAUCUCUCAUGAAAGUGAAAGCCCUUCUAUCGGUCGUACGGAAAUAGCCAAUGCUUCGGAAAUCCUUGACAGAUAUUUGAAGAAGAAAUGCUACGACAAAAGGACCAGACCUAACGUAACUGGUAGUCCAGAGAUUGUAAACGUAAGCAUGGCGAUAAAGGCGUUCAGUGAGAUCAAAGAAUCCAAUAUGGAAUUUCAAGUGUACGUUUAUCUUCGCCAGCAAUGGAUUGAUAAACGACUCGCACAUCGAACCCCUGCCACACUGACACUCGGGGGGACUGAUGUAGAGCGCAUUUGGCUCCCAGAUACUUAUAUUACAAACGCCAAUGACUACGAAGUGUUCACCUCCAAUCAGUUGGUGCUGAUUGACAGCGAAGGCAAGAUUUUCUACUUUGCUUAUGUGCGGAUAGCAGGAGCCUGUCAGAUGAACCUUGUUAAGUUUCCCAUGGACGUACAACGUUGUCAGCUGACCUUGGAGAGCUGUAAGUAAUUCCUCAAAAACCAUCCAAUAUACAGUUAACUGAUUGGUAUUACCGGUUCUCAUGUGACGUAGUCACAUUCCAAAACAGGAGCCAUAAUCGGGGACGGAGACCGUAAGCGCGCGCUACUUCUAGUAUUGGGGCUGUCCCCAUGAUAUGGGACAAUUUUUCUAUUUUUAGAACAAAUUGCGCCAUUCCGUGCGUCACACGCGCGUACACGCUGCGAGGAUUUUUGCGGAUGUAGCGCGGGGAAAUGGCGUCCGAAAUUCCCGAAAUGUUUGAU